UGGUACAGGUGGCUGGGUGAUCACACAAUGUGGAGGUGGCACUCAGGACCGUGGCCCUCGCUCACUCCUCUCCGCCUCCUCCACAUGCACCCGCUGCGCGUCCCGCUCUCCCCAGUGCGCGUGCCCGCUCUCCAUGCUCGGUCCCCAGUCCCCUCCGUCUUCGGUGUCGCCGUACGAGCACAGCUGAUCAGCGACUCUACCGUUCCCCUCCGUGUUUCCCCGGCAACAGAGCCCUGUUCUCCGGCACGCCGCUGGGCUGCGCCAUUUCCCUGGCAGCUGAGGCGCCCGGUCGUUCGGUGGCUUCACCCCUUCCCCCAGACCCGAUUCCGUCCGUGGAGGGACCCCCACCCGGAGCAAAUAUUCCGGAGAAAAAGAGACUCCCGGAGAGGACCGCUGCGGAGAUGGAGGCGGUGGGGCCCGGUCCUCCACCGACCAACCUCUUCCAGCCUCCACGGCGGCCUGGCUUGGGAACCCUCGGAAAACCUAUCAGGCUCCUGGCAAACCAUUUCCAGGUACAGAUACCAAAAAUUGAUGUCUACCAUUAUGACGUGGACAUUAAACCUGAGAAAAGACCCAGAAGAGUAAACAGGGAGGUGGUUGAUACAAUGGUGCGACACUUCAAGAUGCAGAUAUUUGGAGACCGUCAGCCAGGCUACGAUGGUAAAAGGAAUAUGUACACUGCACAUCCACUGCCAAUUGGGAGAGACAGGGUUGAUCUGGAAGUGACCCUUCCAGGUGAGGGUAAAGACCAGACUUUUAAAGUGACUAUUCAGUGGGUUUCAGUGGUGAGCCUGCAGCUUCUUUUGGAGGCAUUGUCUGGGCAUUUAAGUGAGGUUCCUGAAGAGUCUGUGCAAGCGCUGGAUGUUAUCACCCGUCAUUUGCCAUCGAUGAGGUAUACCCCAGUUGGACGUUCAUUCUUUUCACCACCUGAAGGUUACUAUCAUCCACUGGGUGGGGGUCGUGAAGUCUGGUUUGGUUUUCACCAGUCUGUGCGUCCUGCGAUGUGGAACAUGAUGCUGAAUAUUGACGUGUCUGCAACUGCUUUUUAUCGCGCUCAGCCGGUCAUUGAGUUCAUGUGUGAAGUCCUUGAUGUUCAGAACAUAAAUGAGCAGACCAAGCCUUUGACUGACUCCCAGCGUGUGAAAUUCACCAAAGAAAUAAGGGGUCUUAAAGUGGAGGUCACACACUGCGGACAGAUGAAGAGGAAAUAUAGAGUGUGUAAUGUCACCAGGAGACCAGCAAGUCAUCAGACUUUUCCCUUGCAGUUAGAGAAUGGCCAGGCAAUGGAGUGUACCGUGGCCCAAUACUUUAAGCAAAAAUACAGUUUGCAGUUGAAAUAUCCUCAUUUGCCAUGUCUACAAGUGGGUCAAGAGCAGAAACACACCUAUUUACCCCUUGAGGUCUGUAACAUUGUGGCUGGACAACGAUGCAUUAAAAAGCUGACUGAUAACCAGACGUCCACUAUGAUCAAAGCUACAGCCAGGUCUGCCCCAGACAGGCAGGAAGAGAUCAGCAGGCUGGUGAAAAGUAAUAGCAUGGUUGGAGGACCAGACCCAUAUCUGAAAGAGUUUGGCAUAGUUGUACAUAAUGAAAUGACAGAGCUCACUGGUAGGGUGCUUCCAGCUCCCAUGCUUCAGUAUGGCGGCCGGAAUAAAACUGUGGCUACUCCAAACCAGGGGGUUUGGGACAUGAGAGGCAAACAGUUCUAUGCUGGCAUUGAAAUCAAAGUUUGGGCUGUUGCUUGCUUUGCACCUCAGAAGCAAUGCAGAGAGGAUUUGCUUAAGAGUUUUACUGACCAGCUAAGGAAGAUAUCAAAAGAUGCUGGGAUGCCAAUCCAGGGUCAGCCAUGCUUCUGUAAAUAUGCGCAGGGCGCAGACAGCGUGGAGCCAAUGUUCAAACAUCUAAAACUUACCUAUGUUGGGCUGCAGCUCAUUGUGGUUAUCCUUCCUGGGAAGACUCCAGUGUAUGCUGAAGUAAAGAGAGUAGGUGAUACACUCCUUGGCAUGGCCACCCAGUGUGUGCAGGUUAAAAAUGUGGUGAAGACCUCCCCACAGACGCUGUCCAAUUUAUGCCUGAAGAUCAAUGCUAAACUUGGAGGAAUAAACAAUGUUCUAGUCCCACAUCAGAGGCCCUCUGUGUUCCAGCAGCCAGUUAUAUUCCUGGGGGCUGAUGUGACUCAUCCUCCUGCCGGUGAUGGCAAGAAACCUUCUAUUGCUGCUGUAGUGGGCAGCAUGGAUGGUCAUCCUAGCCGUUAUUGUGCUACCGUGCGUGUGCAGACUUCUCGACAGGAGACGACCCAAGAGCUCUUGUAUAGUCAGGAAGUUAUUCAAGAUCUUAGCAACAUGGUGCGUGAGCUUCUCAUCCAGUUUUAUAAGUCAACUCGCUUCAAGCCCACGCGUAUUAUCUAUUACCGUGGUGGUGUGUCUGAAGGUCAGAUGAAACAGGUUGCAUGGCCUGAGCUUAUGGCUAUUCGGAAAGCUUGCAUAAGUUUGGAAGAGGAUUACAGACCUGGAAUCACAUACAUUGUUGUUCAAAAGCGUCAUCAUACCAGGCUUUUUUGUUCUGACAAAACUGAGCGGGUGGGAAAAAGUGGAAACGUACCUGCAGGGACUACAGUGGACAGCACUAUUACACAUCCAUCAGAAUUUGACUUCUAUCUCUGUAGCCAUGCUGGGAUUCAGGGAACAAGUCGCCCGUCUCACUACCAAGUUCUUUGGGAUGAUAACUGCUUUACGGCUGAUGAGUUACAGCUCUUAACUUACCAACUUUGUCACACAUAUGUUCGAUGUACUCGCUCAGUUUCUAUCCCUGCUCCUGCGUACUAUGCUCGCUUGGUUGCUUUCAGAGCUAGAUAUCAUCUUGUGGACAAAGAUCAUGAUAGUGCUGAGGGGAGCCACGUGUCCGGACAGAGCAAUGGUCGUGAUCCCCAAGCUUUGGCCAAAGCCGUUCAGAUCCAUCACGACACUCAGCAUACAAUGUACUUCGCCUGACAGAGCAGUGGGAUGCCACAUCAAACUCCCUUCUCCUCAGAGCCCUAAAUCAUAUGGUUGAAACAGUCUUCUGUUAUUGUCAGGGAUAGCGCUCUUGGCUUCCUACCAGCACACUUUGGAUUUUUUGCACUGAAUCUCUUCACAGUCUGAUCCGAUUUGAGGAAAGUUGUGGAAUAGUCUGUUUUAAAUGUUUUAUUUAAGUAUAUCAAAAACUUAAACUGUCUUCUGAUGCGUUGGACUGAAUCUUUACCUCAAACUUGCAAGAUAUCUGAAGAUUUUGCUCCAAAUGGUUGUCGUUUUUUUUUUAAUUGUUAAUUUGAAAGCCAGCAUUU